AAUUUCACUAAGCAGAACUUUGAAAAUGGUUUCAAAUACUAUGAUGGGACUACUUUGUGUGGGGGGAGGUACUAUUAUGCACCUUUAUCUUGGAUGUUUCUAUCUCUGGGGUAAUAUUCAGGUAUAUGUCACUUCUUAUUUGCACAAGCAAGAUCCUAGUGUCACUCUUGAUGACACUAGUAUAAUAUUCGUACUGCAGACGGUAGCUCAAGCAUUAUGAAUGCCCAUAGCUCCAGUACUGUUAAGAUAUGUUCCUCCUUGGCUCUUAGCACUUAUUGGAGGGGUGUUUGCAAUUGGAGGAGUUUUUGCUUCUUCGUUCAUCACCAACUUUUAUGCCUUUUUGUUCGUAUAUCCAGUGCUAUUUGGAAUUGGCAUAGGGUUCUCUUAUAUGGCCCCAAUAAUAUGAGGAUGGGAAUAUUUCCCAGAAUGGAAAGGUACAGUCAGUGGAGUCAUAGUCACUGGAUUCGGUUUUGGAUCUUUCAUCUUUGGAUUUAUCUCAAUCGCUAUUGCUAACCCAGAAGGACUAAAACCUGAUCUUGAGGUAGAUGGAGGAAAAAUUUUCAGUCCUGAGACUUCUGUUGCAUCAAAUGCACCAAGAAUGAUCAGGAUUAACUGAGCAAUCUGGGUUGGAUUAAUCCUAAUUGCAGCUCUUAUGAUGAGAAGAAUGAAAAAAGGUCACAAGGAUUAUGCACCCUUGGUAUCUUCUCCAACUCAGAAUAGAGAAGGGAUAUUGAAUCAUGUGAGUUCUGACCAUUUAGACAUGACUGAAGAAUACGAAUCAAAGAUUGAGAUCAUUGAACCCACAUUUAUGGAGUCAGUAAAGGACUACAGGACGAUUUAUAUGUGGAUAAUUCUUAUUUUUACUUCAAGUUACCCAUUCUAUAUUGCUAGCAAUUUUAAGUCAUAUGAACAAAGAGAUAUCCAAGACGAUAGGUUUAUCACUUUGGUCGGAUCUCUCGGAGCAGUAGUUAAUGGUCUUUCCAGAGGGGUAUGGUCAACAUUACAGGAUUUCUUUGGAUUCAAAAAGGUAUUCUUGUUUUUGUUGGUAGUAGAAGUUAUUGUGGCGUUCACUUUUGUGGCUAUUCAUAAAAUUAAAGCACUCUACCUAAUAUGGGUACUGAUAUCAUUCUCAACACUUGGAGGACAUUUCUCUAUUUUUGCAACAUUAUGUGCGAAAAUUUACGGCCCUACAACAGGAGGUAAAAUGUUUGCACUAAUUUUCACUGCAUUUGCCUCGGCAACAUUAAUAAAUUGGAUAUUGACAAAACAGAUCUCAAAAGGAAGAAUAGAGUACGAAACUUUGUUCUAUAUCCUUGCAUCAAUGGCAGUAGUUGGCAUAGGUAAGCGAAUACAUGCUCCUUCCUCACACUUUUAUAGUAUUAGUAUUCUUCUUCAACCCAAAGACCAAAGUCCGUCAGUCUAUCCCCUCUGCUUCAGAUAAAAAAGGAGAAGGCUUGAUCUCAACACAAAAAGUGACAGACGAGGAUAGUUCAUAAUUUCUGU